GUUAGAAAUCUUCGUGUUUUUUUUUAAUACUGGCAAUAAAAGUUUUGUGAAGCAGUGGGAAUUUCGUCGGCGAGUUUUUUAUUCGGUCGUUGGAGGACGAAUUUCUAUCUUUCGCAGAAGAUUUGGAGUUUGGAAUUCGCAGAAUGUAACAGUUGAGACUUGAUUUACACAGAAAAGAUGUGACAUAUACUCAAGCAUCAUCAUAUUAUUGACAGAAACCAAAAUAUUUGCUCGAGAAAACAACUACACUAUGAAAAAUACUGCACUCAAGACACGAAGAAAUCAGCGAAUAAAACACCGGCCACUCAGACAUGAUACUAACCGACCUAAUAAGGUUAUGAUGCCAAGUUAAGAAACUAGAAUUAUGCAGACCGAAUCAUGGACAGAAGCUAACAAUGUUACCUCUAAUGACACGUUCCUUAACGCAAGCGAAAAUGCUAAUAUUACCACACACGAUCCGAUCGAAAAUAAGGCUGUCCAAGCAAUAUUCUGUACAGCGUACACUAUAAUUUUCGUUGUAGGAAUCUUUGGCAACGCUCUAGUAUGUUACGCCGUUAUCAGAAACCGAGCCAUGCAAACUGUCACUAAUCUGUUCAUCACAAACCUCGCGUUAUCGGAUAUACUUCUCUGUAUAUUCGCAGUUCCAUUUACACCUCUUUACACGUUCCUAGGCAGAUGGGUUUUCGGCAGUCUGUUAUGCCAUAUCAUGCCUUACGCCCAAGGUUGCAGCGUUUACAUUUCUACUCUUACUUUGACUUCCAUUGCCAUUGAUAGAUUUUUCGUCAUCAUUUAUCCAUUUAAGCCUAGAAUGAAAAUCAAAACAUGCAUUGGCCUAAUUAUUUUCAUAUGGGUAUUCGCACUAUCUGUCACAUUUCCUUAUGGCUAUUAUAUGUCUUUGAAAGAUAUUUAUUGCGUAGAAGAAUGGCCGUCAGAUGAAAUCCACAAAGCUUUUGGUGCAGUCACUACCAUCAUGCAAUUUGUUCUCCCAUUCAUAGUUAUGGCGUUUUGUUACACAUGCGUUAGUAUCAAAUUGAAUGAUCGAUUGAAGUCACGGCCGGGUAGUAAAAAUAGCAAAAAGGAUGAUGCAGAGAGAGAAAGGAAAAGGAGAACCAAUAGAAUGCUGAUUGCCAUGGUGGCAAUAUUCGGUUUAUCGUGGCUACCGUUAAACCUGAUGAACAUAAGUAGUGACUUCUACUCGAUAGCCGAAGACUGGACUUAUUAUAUGGUACUAUUUUUCCUUACACACUUCAUAGCUAUGUCUUCCACAUGCUACAAUCCGUUCCUAUAUGCCUGGCUGAACGAGAAUUUCCGUAAGGAAUUCAAGCAGAUUUUGCCCUGUUUAGGGGCUUUAGUCACUAAGAAGUCAAAGAGAAAUUUUAAUCAAUCAGAAAGAACUGGUAUGUUUCGUUCAGAAAAGACUUGCAACGGAAAUGAUACAAUUCAAGAGUCUCUGAUUUCGACAGCUAAAAUGCCUUGUUUAAAAUACAGGAUGGAGUUUAAUGAUAAUAUGAAGGUUUAUGAGGAUGAAAGGGAGAACAAUGUGAGUCCAGAUGAGAAACCGGAAGACAAUCCGAGUCCGAAAGAAGACUGCGUUAAGAUGUACAUGUUUGUAGAUAAAUCUGUAGUUAAUUCUGAUAAGGAACCCAUCGUCUCAGCACUGUAGCUAUAAUGGUACAUUACCGGUGGAUACGUCGCUUUAUUGAUGGAGUUUUGUUUUUGUUUUUAAAAGUACAUAUUUAUUCGUUAAAGCUGGGUAUACAUCUUUUGCUUAUAUAGGAGAGCACUUCUACGAUUCUUCUUGAAAAACAAAAAGGCAAAGAAUUCACAAACUGUAUACACACAAUUAAGUUUUUAAAAGUUUAGAUUUUCCCUUGAAAAAGAAUUCUACUAAAGCUGUUGCAACAGCUGGUUAAAACUUCCAGUGUUAAAAGUUUUAAUUUGUUGAACUUUUGGCGUACGCUGUCGAUGUGCUCGGAAUUUUCCAUGUCCAAGCCUGAUGCACUGUGAGUCACCCUUUAUAGGUCUAAUAUGUGAGACGGUUAACGUCGUCAAUAAAUCAGAUAUGACAUUUCGGCACUACUGGAAAGAAACUCCACGGUAGACUUACGGGAUCUUCAAAAGAUUUUGUUCAUUAUUUUUAAUCACACUCGUAAACAGUGUCAUAAAAUGCAAGCAAAGUCGACCGUAAUGUCCUAAAUUAUGCCCACGGGCUUUUUCAUUAUCGUCCUUAACAUGCUCAAUAUUUUGACAAAUUUUAUUUGCAACAAAGAAACAAGUUAUUUGAUCGCUUUAAACAACAUCUUGUUUAUUUCAUGUUUUCCCGUCUGUAUAUUUUUUUGUGUGCCAUGUAUGCCAUUGGGUGUGCCAUUGUCCAAACUCACGAGAGAAAUAAAUGUAGGCUAUACAAAUAUGUCUCCCGCCCCGGAAAUCGAACCCGGGACCUCUGCGUGGAACACCAGCAUGGUAACCGUUCGGCCACGGAGGCAGCUGAAGUAUUCCAUAAUUAUUGCAAAAAUCAACCCAUGUAAAAUAAAUCUAAAGUUUUUCCGUAUACCACCAAUUUUAAAAGAAAACAACACCGACAUCCAUUAUACUCUAAAUAAUCUCUCUCAUUGUAAGCAUUACAUUCUAAAAAUUGUACAUGGGUAUAGACAGGUCUAGUACGGACUAGACCCGUGCCAUACAGUGAGAUGAUAAAUAUAUAGGCAUGUUGGUUACAGUACUGGACGUAAAAUAGAAAAAGGGUGUAAGUAAAAAUAAAAAAGGUUGAAAAUAAAGAUAGAAAACGGUUGAAAUACUUAGUUAUGUAGAAAGGCAGAAAUUGAUAGAGCGAAUGUGUGUGGAAAAAAGGCCAGGUUAAAAAAACGAAGGAUAAACACAAGAGGCGACCGAGAUUUUACAGGAACGUUACAAGUGGAAACUCUUGAUCUCUGCAUACCCCAGUAAAAGACAGACGUGGUGGAAUAUGUAUACGAGAAUAUUGAUAUAGCUAAACCGAAACGAAUUGAAAAUUUGUUAUUUAUUAUAAAAAUACA